GCUUACGGUAUGGGAAAAAUAACAGACGAUGCUUAUCUGUUAUCUGUGAUAAAUACUAAAUUAUUUAUAUCUAGAUCUGAAUGACAUAGCUUUAUAGCAAGUUAUAUUUAAAGUGAAUGAUGAUAUGGUUGUUGAAAGCAUACCAGCAUGCGCUGAAAGUGCAUCCUAUCCGAACGGCAGCAAUUUCUGCAGGUACCCUCUUGUCUGCAGGGGAUGUCCUUGCCCAAUUAGUGGUUGAAAAAAGGCCCCUUGAAAUGUACAAUGUAAAGAGAACAAUUAGAUUUGCUAUAUUUGGUACCUUUUUUGGCGGACCAAUGUUUAGUGUAUGGUACUCAACUCUAGCCAGGAAACUAGGUCAUACCAAAUAUGCUGCUCUGAAAAUGGUUGCCUGUGAUCAGUUGUUAUUUGCUCCACCAUUUAUUGCCUAUUUUCUUAUUGUGAUGGAAUUAAUGAAAGGAGAGGGUUUGCAGGAUAUUAAACUAAAACUACAAGACGAUUAUGGGGAUGUAAUGAAAACAAAUUAUAAGAUUUGGCCAGCUGUACAGGCGAUGAAUUUCACAUUUGUACCAGUGCAUUACAGAGUUUUAGUCGUAAAUUUGGUAUCCGUGGGAUGGAACACGUACCUAGCGUGGAAAGUAGAACUAGUUCACCCGCAUCCAGAGCUCGCAAUGAAGAAAACCUCAGAAAAGGUGAUUGUUGCCGCAGUCAAAGAAAAGAGUGUGAAAAUCUCGGAAACUUCUCUUUGAUGAUUUCUCUUGGUUAGGAAGACCUCUUUUUAUAGUUGAUAUUGGUAGAUGAAUCUCUUUGAAUUGAAUGGGAUUACAAGCUUCAUUUUAAAAUUGCACCAGUGUUUAUUCAGAGGCCUUAUCUUUACGAAUUAUAUUAAUUCUAUAUGUUGUGUAACAUUUUAAAUAUUUUUGUAUGCCUUGUUUGUUUACCUCCUAGAGGUAAUUUUAGUUUUUGUUUUUUCAAGUGCUCUUUACUUUUUGUUUUACUUCGGACACAAGAAAAAAUAGUAGAACAUUAAAAUUUGUUGCUCAAUGGAACACUGUGGAAUGCUCAGUGGAAAACUGUGGUAAAGUCCAGUGGAAUAGGCAGUUGAACACUGGUUCAAUAUCCAGUAGAAUAUUUACAAUUAACUGUGAUAACUCUGAGGAAUAUAUGCUAUGCCGGUACACUUUGGUAGCUAUAUUGACUUUUGUUUAAUUAAGACUAACGUAUAAACUUUAAGUAAUUAACUUAAAUACUUUUAUCGCAGAAAUUUAUUGAAAUCUUAAUAUAAAAAUGUUAAUGAUUUAUCUUAAUGGAGAUAAAGAAAGCCACUUGUUUAAGUUUUUACAUGAUUUUAUUGUUUUGAUUGCUAUU